AUGUCCUCCACCGAGCCAGUCGUCACCAUUGACGGCAAGGGACAUCUCCUUGGUCGUCUGGCCAGCACUGUCGCUAAGCAGCUGCUCAACGGCCAGAAGAUCGUCGUUGUGAGAUGUGAAGCCCUCAACAUCUCCGGCGAGUUCUUCCGCGCGAAGUUGAAGUACCACGCCUACCUUCGCAAGAUGACUCGUUUCAACCCUACCCGCGGAGGUCCCUUCCACUUCCGUGCCCCCUCCCGCAUCUUCUACAAGGCCGUCCGUGGCAUGGUUCCCCACAAGACCGCCCGUGGUGCCGCCGCUAUGGAGCGCCUGAAGGUCUUCGAGGGUGUUCCCCCUCCCUACGACAAGAAGAAGCGCGUUGUCGUUCCCCAGGCUCUGCGUGUCCUCCGCCUCCGCCCCGGCCGCAAGUACUGCACCGUCGGCCGUCUCAGCCACGAGGUCGGCUGGAAGUACCAGGAUGUUGUUGCUAGACUCGAGGAGCGCAGAAAGGUCAAGAGCAGCGCCUACUACGAGCGCAAGAAGGCCGCUCGCCGCCAACUCACCCACGCUCAGAAGUCGGCGGGUGUUAACGAGAAGACCAAGACCCAGCUUGCUGAUGCGGAGGCAAUUGUCCAUAUCACCACCAAUGGCCAAGUUCUGCGGAGAACAUACAUGGAAACGGCCGAUCGAGCCCGCGGCCUCGCGUACUAUCUGAGAACGCACGGACUGAAGAGAGUCGGCAUUCUUUGUCCUAACACGCCCGCUUUCCUGGAAUCGAUCUUCGGGAUUGCCGCUGCGGGGGCCGUCAAUGUUGCUGUGAACUACCGCCUCAAGCCUGAUGAUAUCGAGUAUAUCUUCACCCACUCAGAUGUCGAAGCCAUUAUUGUAGACCAGGAAUUUCUCCCCCUUCUUGAGUCGUAUAGAAAGUCGAAUCCCGCUGUUUCCAUCAUCGUUGACACCGAUACGGAUGCCACGGAAGGCCAAUUGUCUGGUCCCUUCGACGAGGCGGUUCUGGAGGGGUUGAAGUAUGACAUAGAAACCGGUGCCAAGGGUUGGAACGGACUCGAGAGCCAAGCGGCCUCCGAAGACGAUAUCAUUGCUCUGGCCUAUACCAGUGGCACCACGGCUCGGCCGAAAGGCGUCGAGUACACUCAUCGGGGCUGCUAUCUUGCCGCCAUGGGUAAUGUGAUCGAGUCCGGUCUAAAUCCACACAACGGCCGCUGUGGUUACCUGUGGACUUUGCCUAUGUUUCAUGCUAUGGGCUGGACAUUCCCCUGGUCCGUUACGGCAGUCCGCGGCACUCACUACUGUCUGCGGAAGAUCGAUUACCCUCAGAUCUGGAAAUUGCUUAAACAAGAGCACAUCACGCAUUUCAAUGCGGCACCGACGGUGAAUACGCUACUCUGCAGUGCCAAAGAAGCCGAGCGUCUUGAAUCGCCCGUCCAUGUAACGGUGGCGGCCAGUCCACCCACCCCCCAUCUCUUCGAGCAGAUGACCAAUCUGAACCUGCAUCCGGUACAUGUGUACGGGAUGACGGAGACCUACGGGCCCAUCACCAAGGGCUAUCACAUGCCGUCGUGGGACAAUCUAUCGCCGGAAGAGAAGUACAGGCGCAUGGCGCGACAGGGGCAUGGUUUCGUGACCAGUCUCCCAGUGCGCGUCGUCCAAACCGAUGUCCCCGAAGGAACGAUUGUCGACGUCUCUCGCAACGGGACGGAGAUCGGCGAGGUCGUCUUCAUCGGGAAUAUCACGGCACGAGGCUACUACAAAGACCCCGAGGCUACACGGAAGCUCUUCGCCGGAGGGGUCCUCCAUUCGGGAGAUUUAGCCGUGUGGCAUCCCGACGGCGCGAUCCAGAUACUUGACCGCGCCAAAGACAUUAUUAUCAGUGGCGGAGAAAAUAUAUCCUCGGUCGCGCUCGAGUCCAUGUUGGUCACGCAUCCCGACAUUCUCGAGGCCGGAGUAGUGUCCGUGCCCGACACGCACUGGGGCGAGAGACCGAAGGCGUUUGUCACGUCGAAGCCUGGGCAACAGUUGAAGGGCCAAGAAGUCAUCGAGUGGGCCCGGAAUGUCAGCGGGAUCAGUAAGUUUAUGAUCCCGCGGGAGGUGGAGGUGGUGGCGGAACUGCCCAAGACCAGUACGGGCAAGGUGAGAAAGAAUGUGCUCCGGGAGUGGGCCAAAGGGGGGAAUCGGACAUGA